GACCUCCUCCCACCUGCCGCGGCAGGCUGGGCUGGGGGUAAAUCCUCAUCACGCCUUGCCUGUGCUUGCAGCCUUCCCCUUCUAGCUGGUCCCUUCUGUGUUCAUCAGCACUGCUCCCUGCAGUGACAGUACAAGGGAUUGAGCCUCAAACCCUGUCUGUGCCAUGGGGCAGGGACCAUGCAGCACCACAGAAUACCAGCACCCCAGCCCUGCUCCAUGGGGCCAGUGGUUCCCAGUCCCUGGCUCCUGCAGGUCACAGAUUCCCAGGCCUCCAGUGCCUCUGGCAUGUGCUGGUGCAGAGCGGGCCCAUGGCGUCAUUCCUUCACUCAAACCUUUAAGCUGCUGUCAGAAAUAGCCCCCUGUAAUCUGCUUGCACAGGCACAGGGAACCUGCCCAGAGGAGCAAAUCCUGGGGCAGGGGAUUAGGAAGAAGAAGCUCCUGCCUGUCCAUGCUGAGAUGUGUGCUUGAGUCCUCGGGGUCCCUGGGGGUUGGAUGCCCAGCUGGUGGUGCUGGCUGUGUCCCAGACCUUACCAAGGGAAACACCAGUGCCAGGAGGAGGGAAAGGCUGGGACUGAGGCCACCUGCUCCAGUCCUCACUCCAGAGGGGACUGGUCGUUAGGGCAGGAUGUAGCUGGGGUCAGGAUGCCAGUGGGUAGGAGUCAAGCAGGCAAAGGUGUGUGAUGCUGAGGGGCAGCUUCAUCUGCAUCCAUUCACUGAUUAUUUGGGUGCCAACAAGGAAGGGCAUUGGGGCAGGUGACGAGGACAGAGCAUGCUGGCAUUACCAGCAUCACACCCACGCGGCCUGUGCUACAUGCCUGCCAGCUCCUCCAUAAUUCAGCAUGCCAUGAUUUAUUCAGUUUUCCUGCUUCUGUGCUGCUUCUGCACCAGUGUGGUUGUGGGGACGAGAGGGUCAGCCAGGGAGUGUGGGGCAUCCUGAGUGGGACAUCAAGGGGGCCAGGCUUAUGCCAGCCCAUGCUUGCAGCCAGAGUUGGUGAAUGGGGAGGUUGGAAUGGGAUGGAAAAGCCCCUUUCCUGAUCAGGGACCUGGCAGGUCCCAGCACUGCAGUGGGCACUGAAGGUGCAGGGCUUGCGACAUGGGUGAUGAUGGAGGGUCCAGCCCUGGGGUGUCAGAAAAAUGUACCCUGACCCUCAAGGGAACUCCAGCCCUGCACGAUCAUGGCUUUGUGUGAAGGGCCCAAAAUCUCUCCCUGUCCUUCCCAAGGGGCAGAAGCUGCUGUCUGGGCAUGACCCAUAGUGUCAACACUGCUGAGUUGCUGCUCAGGGACCCCAGUGUCCCCUCAGCAGCCGUCACUACCCGUGGGGGCCUGUGUGCCAGGCUGUGAGUUGGGACAAGAGGUGGGACACCUGCCCCCAGGGCUGAGCAGGAUUGUCCUGCUGCGUUCCCCAACAAGGAGCCCGGUCCUAGAAUGCCUGAUGGUGAUCUUGCCUCCGAGGCGGCCCGGGAAAAUGGGGGGAAUGGGCACCCCCGGGCAGCCUGUGGCAUCCCCCGACUCCGCAUCGCCCCCGUUCUGCUCCCGUCCGGCCCCGCCCUCGUCCCGGCCCCAUCCCGGCCCCGCCGCCGGGGGAUGCGCCGGGCAGGUGCGCGGGGAUGGGGCGAUCCUAUAAAUAGGGGCGGGAGCGGCCGCAGCGGCUCUGCUCAGCACGGCGGAGCUGGGCUGGGCUGGACGCGGCUGGGUGGGCGCAGCGGCUGCGGUGGGCUCGGCACGAUGGAGAUCUGGAGCAGCCCCGCCGCCUACGAUGAGCUGAACGGGAACGCGGAGCGCGGUGGCGGCGCAGACCCCAUCGCCCGGGAGCUGGAGGAAGUCCUGUGUGCUGAGCGGGUGGUCAGAAUCACGAAGACCUACCACGAUAUUGACGCUGUCACCAACCUGCUGGAUGAGAAAGAGCGGGACCUGGAGCUAGCAGCACGAAUUGGGCAGUCCUUGUUGAAGCAGAACCGGAGCCUGACUGAGCGCAAUGGGCUCCUGGAGGAGCAGCUGGAAUUGGCCAAAGAGGAGGUUGCGCAGCUGCGCCAUGAGGUCUCCAUGCGGGAUGACCUUCUCCACUUCUUCACCACCACAACGGAGGAGAGUGAGCCCACCACCACCCCCUCCACACCGCUGUGCAGGCAGGAGUCCUCGCUGUCCUUGCAGCAGUACUUCCAGUAUGAAACCUUGCAGCAGAAACUCAAGUGCCUGGAGGAGGAGAACCAGAAGCUCCGUUCAGAGGCCGACAACAUCGACACUGAGACCCAUCAGUAUGAGGACCAUGAGGAGCAGCUGAUGUUUGACUGUGUGGAUCGGUUCUCUGAAGCGAGCCAGCAGGUCUUUCACCUGGAGGAGGAGCUGGAUCACAGGGCAGAGGACAUGGCACAGAAGCAGGAGGAGAUCACCCAGCUGCUGGCGCAGGUCGUGGACCUGCAGCAGAAGUGUCGCACGUACUGCUCCGAAGUGGAGGAGCUGCAGCAGCACCUGGCCGCCGAGAAGGAGGCGAAGCAGCAGCUCCGGAUGGAACUGCGGGAUCUGCAGGAGAAGUACGCGGAGUGCGGCGGGAUGCUGCAGGAGGCGCAGGAGGAGGUGAAGAGCCUGCGGAGCCGCAGCCUGCCCAACAGCACCGUGAGCCGCUACAGCGCGGCCAGCCUGCUGCCCGUGGACUCGCUGGCGGCUGAGAUCAAGGGGAUGAUGAGGAAGAGGACGGACAGCUCCUCCUCGGACUACAAGAGCUACCAGCGCGUCUUCGAGACGGUGAAGGCCGUGAAGCAGGCAGCCAAAGCCAAGUCUUGCUCCGAGUCUCCCCACUACGUUCCAGGCUCCAAGCAGUUGUCCGCUGCCCACUCUGGGGGAACCAGCACCCCCCACACCAGCUGCUCAGGCUCGGGGGAUACCCAGAGAGCCGAGGGGGCCAGCGAGGAGUCGCGGGCAGCCCCGGGCCGGCGGGACCUGGAGGCGGCGGUGCAGCGGCUGUCGGUGCGGCAGCAGAGCCACGUUUCCGAGGAGCGCUCCUUCUUCGAGGCCGAGCGGGAACGCAAGCUCUGGCGGCUGAGAGAUGCGGCGGGCUCCAGUGGCUUCCUCACCCCCGAGGGCAGCACCGUCUCCGCUGGGACCAGCUACUCGGCGGGCUCGGAGGUCACUGCUGCCUCCAGCUUCUCCCUCGGCUCCCUCACCUACUUACCCGACAAACUGCAGAUCGUGAAGCCGCUGGAAGGCUCUGUGACACUCCACCACUGGCAGCAGCUGGCACAGCCCAACCUGGGCGGGAUCCUGGUGCCCCGUCCCGGGGUGCUCACCAAAGACUUCAAGCAGCUGGACGUAGAUCUGGAGGAGGUGUACAGCCUCAAUGACCUGGAGGAGGAUGAUGUGGACGCCAGCUCCUUCCAGCUGCUCCCUACCUCUACACCCGCCAAAGCCAAGGAGCGCCCCAGGGUGUUCCUCUCUGUUAACAACCUUCCCCAGACCCCGUCCACCUUCACCAUCACCACCUGCCAAAUCCUCCACCCCACCACUGCGAUCACCACGGUGACAUCCAGUCUCUAUCAUGCCGUCGUGCCUUCUUGUGGGCCCUUUGAGGGGCUGAGCCUCAGCAGCCCCUCACCAGAACAGACUCCCCCCACACUGGCACUUGGCCCUGGACCCCCGGGCACACCCACGGGACUCUUCGGGCUCUUCCUGGGAUGAGAUUCCCACUUGGUAUCAGGGACUGGAUCACAGUGGGCCCCCUCCCUCCACUCGCAGGACCCUCAGCACUCUGAGCCACGGCCCCACCCUGCGCCCAGUCAGGGUGGGGCCCCAGCCAGGAGCAACAUCUUCAGCUGGAACGUGGUGGAGAAACUGCAGCGCCUGGGGCUGGACAAGGUGGUGGCCAGAGGGGAGAAGUCCUGUGCCCAGCCAGGGCCCAUAGGGGCCUGGGCACCCAGAAUUGACACUGCUGCAGAGCCCCCAGGCUCAGGGUGAGACACAUCCUCUUCCUCACCCAUCCAUGGGGAAACAGAGACAGGACAAGCUUCACCCUCAGCUCCUGGUGCUGCCCCAGGUCCUUUAGCACUCCUGGCACCAGUAUGGGGGCUUUGCCCUGGCUGCAAGGACAGAACCCAGCACUGCUCUCCAUGUAUGGGGGGGUACCGGGGGUUCUGGCUGACCCUGUCCCUGCUGAGGAGUAUGGACCCUUCACAAGAGCCA